GCGCCAUAAUAGCACAUAGCUUUGUGCCUAGCUAACUUACUCUAUUGUUCCCCUAUAAUUAUAAUCUAGGCUCCUAGCCUUAAGAGCUCUUUUAUCUCAUCGGCUGGGCAGCCCCUCCAUCAGGGCUCUCAAGAUGCCCCACGCUGCGACGGGCCUUCAAGCCCUCAUUCUGUGCGGGCCCGGAUCUUCAUUUCCCACCUUCACUUCAAACCCAGAUGAGAACCCUAAGGCUUUAUUACCUAUCGCGAACCGGCCGAUGGUCUGGUAUCCUAUUGAUUUCUGCUAUCGCACGGGAAUCACCAAUAUCACUCUUGUUUGCCCCCCCUCAGCUGCUGAAGCUAUUACUACGGCGCUGAACACGAACCCCUUCCUCACUGGUUUGCCUCAUCCUCGGCCGGAUCUGGUAGCGCCGCAGGGCCUUGAUCAGAAUACGGGUACUGCAGAGACAUUGCGGCUUCCCCAAAUUCGAGACCUGGUUACGUCUGACUUUAUAGUCCUACCGUGCGACCUAGUCUGUGAGCUAGGUGGUGAUAAGCUCUUGCAAGCAUGGAUGGUUAAGGCUGCGAGCCUCCCGGACCUGCUAGGCAACGAUGAGCCACCAUAUUGCAAUGGAGGCUUAGGAGUAUGGUAUGAGACGAAGACGGCCAACCCUGUCAAGGGCGAGGAGACGGAUUUCAUCGUAACUACGCCGAUGACUAUUCCUACGGUGCCAACACCAAAAGACUCAAUCCUACCACAACUGUCCUACCUGACUUACACCAUGCCAAAAGACUCGCUGAACGACCUCAUGGACCAGAAGAAGAGUUUUCCGAUACGGCACGGCUUAUUACGCAGUCACCCUAAACUUAGAAUGCUGACAACACAUCGUGAUGCCCAUAUUUACAUCUUACCAAAAUGGAUUUUGGACUUCAUCCAGGAAAAUGAGCGUCUCGAAACUAUUGGCGAAGAUGUGAUCGGUUGGUGGGCAAAGGCUAAUUGGGAAACUGGUCUUUUCGGGAAAUUGAGAAUGAAGCAGGUCAUCGAAGGACGUAGUAAAACACCGGAAGGAGACAAGUCAACACGUGGCAAUGUCGGCCCGGCCGAGGAGAGCCUCCUCAUGUCACCGACGAGAGGGCGUUUUGAGUCAUCCCCUUCCGCAGAAGACAUCCAUAGGGGACACGGCGACAGAUUACUAGACAAGCCGGAAGAGCCCGCCGUCCCACCGAUUUUGGCAUACAUACACCCUGACCAUGCAGAUGCUCCGCUGCUCCGUCGCGUAGAUACGGCUCAACUUCUCCUUGCCGUGUCAUUACAACUAGCAAAACUCCCAUCUAUCGAAGAAACAGGGCCUGAAGCUGCAUCCCCCUUUGCCCAUUCUAAGAAGGUCGCUUACCCAGAAGGUGUUAAGCCGCGGACUACCAUCACUAGACAAGAUACCUUGAUUGCCGAGAACGUAAUGGUGGAAGAGAAGACGUCGAUCAAAGAGAGCGUUGUUGGAGCCAAUUGCCAAAUUAAGGAGGGUGCAAAGUUGUUCCAAUGCCUUCUGAUGGAUGGCGUGGUGGUAGGCAAAGGCUGCAAAUUGACUCGCUGCAUCCUAGGCAAGAGAAGUGAGAUCGGAGAAGGGUCCACGCUCACGGAUUGUGAGGUGCAAGAAAACCUGUUGGUAGAACCGAGAACCGAGGACAAGGAGAGCAAACUUAUGAGCUCAUCCGGACUGGAGGCUAGCGAGCAAGAGAUGCGGGAGGCAUUGGACGACAUUGACGAGGGUGACGGAGACAGUGCCGUGUUAGGAUAGGGUAAAUUAAGAAAUAACCGCAAUCCAGGUUGCCGGUAUCCAAUGCAAUAGAGUUGCCCGUGGCAAGGGUUUCCCGGAUCCAUGCUACGUAGCAAGCCACCCCAACUUGC